AUGACGAACUUAUCGCUUCGGGAGAAAUGGACGGAUGAUUCAGGACGGCUGAUGGACCCAGAUCAUCUCUCAUACGGUACGAUCAGAAUCAUUUUGGCCGAAGCGAUCCCUACGGAUAAAACACGCCAUGUGCUGUGGCAAUACACCCUUGUGUAA